CCUCCAUUCUCAGCCAUCCUACGCGCAAUUACUUCAGUGACUCGCGCUGUUUCUGAUUUCGCUUAUUUCUUGGUAAAAGAAACACAACUCCUAAGCUUUUUAUUGUUUUAGGUUCAGAGAAGAAGAAGAAGAUAUGGGUAAAUUCGGUGCAAUGGUGGCCAUUGUUUUGGUAUUGGGGAUGAUCGGUCAUUCUCUUGCGCAGGCUCCAGCAGCUUCACCCGCAAAAUCACCAGUGGCAUCGCCCACAACGUCAGCGGUUCCAACCCCAGCAAAAACACCCACGCCAUCGGCAUCUCCAGCGCCUUCAUCCUCCCCUCUGGCCUCCUCCCCUGCACCUGCUUUGUCCCCUGCUGUUGCACCUUCUUCAGAAGUCUCUGCCCCUCCCCCCUCAGCUGGAGCUCCCACAACUGUUUCUUCCCCUGCCCCCUCUGUUCAAUCCCCAGGCCCAUCUUCAGAUGGCGUCAUUCCUUCUGCCGCCUCUGCUACCGCCGUACAAAAAAUAGCCAUCUUUGGAGCUGCUCUGCUCGGAGGUGUCGCGUUUCUUGUGUAAUUAGAUGACUGCAUUGUGAUUAUUUAUGUGGGUUCUUUCCAGAUUUGCAACUUUUUUGCCUGCGAGGCUUUCAUUCAUUCAUUUGUUCAGAGACAGGGCUUGUAGAGAACUGUCUCUGUAUCGAUUCUUUUCCCUCAUUUAUCCCAUUAUUGAGCGUGAUCUUCCAUUGGCAUUUGUCCUUGUAUAAUCUCCACCCAUGUUUGGAACUCAAUUCUUCAAUAAAAAGAUCUUGUGCUUGGGUUGUCCGAAAAUGUCUUCUCAAUGUAGUAUAAUUUUUUUUAUUGUUUUUUAAAUCGUCGAAUGCCCUGUUUUGGGGUGUCACGGAGACUUACAGAAUGA